GCUUCCGGCGGUCCCUCGCUUCCGGGCGCCGCCUCACUUCCGGCUCCUCCGGCGCGGGCGCCCGGCCUGGCCCCCAAGUCCCUGGCGCCGCGCCCUGCAGGGAGCGGUGAACAUUCACAGAUGAGGAAGUCACCGCACUAGGCGUCACCAGUCAUGGCCGCUCCCUGGAAGAGCGCUCUUCUGAUGCUUCUGGCAUCGCAGGCUGUGUCCUGGGUGAAUUCCUUCGACGAGGAAGAGGUCCCAGAAGAAUGGAUCCUUCUGCACGUUGUUCAGGGUCAGAUAGGAGCUGGGAACUACAGCUAUUUGAGGUUAAAUCAUGAGGGAAAGAUAGUUCUUAAGAUGCAGAGCUUAAAAGGCGACGCAGACCUGUACGUCUCUGACAGCACCCUCCAUCCGAGUUUUGAUGACUAUGAACUGCAGUCUGCCACUUGUGGCCAGGACAUUGUUUUUAUACCAGCGCAUUUCCAACGCCCUGUGGGAAUAGGGGUCUAUGGACAUCCGUCUCACCACCAGAGCGAGUUUGAAAUGAAAGUGUAUUACGAUAGAACUAUCGAACAGUACCCAUUUGGUGAGACUGCUUACUCAGACGGCACAGAAUCGAGUCAGAAGCAUGCCUACGCUCCAGAAGACGCAUCUCAAGAAGAAGAAUCCGUUCUUUGGACAAUAUUAAUUAGUAUUUUGAAACUGGUACUCGAAAUUCUUUUUUGAUUCUUUGAACAUACGCAACUAUACCGUUAACCUGACGUUGAUUGCAGUUUGCUGCGAACUUAGCUACUUUCACUUGGCUGAAAAUUCUAGUUAGUCUUUUCUAGUUGGCGGAUGGAAAACUAAAGCCAUACAGUUUUGUUACCUCAGUUACCCCA